CGUUUUUCCUUUUCAUCCUUUAUCCCAUUAAUCUUUUCUCAUCUAUAUUUAUUCUUUUAACAUAAAAAGACUAGUGUUGGCUUAAAAUCCUUUUAUUAUUAUUUUUUGUUAGAACACUUGAGAAAGAGAAAAGAGGUGUGUGUUGAAUGAAGAACACAUCAAGAAAUUCGUGGUACAAUGGAGAAUGGUGUUAUGGUCAUGAGUGCAAGAUUGUCCUCCUCGUUAACGUCGACAUCUAAUAAUAAUUUUCUCUAUCUUAAAAAUGCCCUUCUUGCUUCUAUUUUCAAUUCCCAAGGCCGAUUCCGACGACAAAAAAUGUUCCACCAACACACCUUCGGCAUUAUGUUCAUUGUGUAUUUCUUCCUACGUGCCCUUUUUUUGGGACAUGCAAAAACGUCUCCAUUUCUUGAAAAAAUCCUUGUCUGCCUUUGAAUAUUAUUAGGGUUGUCUGUUUGGCUUGUCUUUGUUCUUGAUUUUUCUCCCUUUUCCUUUUCUUCUUCGUCGUCUUCUCUUGUUGCUGUUUGGUUGUUCAACAGAAUGAUUUCCGGGGCUGGAAUUGGAAUUGGGGACCCUUUAGGAUGUUGUACAAAUAACAAAGGCGGAUCUAAUGGAUGGACUAAUGAGGCACACUACUUGCAAAAUGACUACGUCGAGAAAGACCCCAAUGGUCGAUAUGUUCGGUAUAAUGAAGUAUUGGGCAAGGGAGCAUUCAAGACUGUCUACAAGGCAUUUGACCUACUUGAGGGAAUUGAAGUUGCAUGGAGCCGAGUGAAAAUCGACGACGUGUUGCUGUCACCAGAAAGUUUGGGAAAAUUAUAUUCAGAGGUUCAUCUUCUCAGACAGUUGAAACAUGACAAUGUAAUGAAGUUAUAUGAUUCGUGGAUUGAUGACAAAAAGAGGACAGUUAACAUGAUCACCGAGCUCUUCACGUCCGGGAACUUGAGACAAUACCGUAAGAAGUAUCAAAGUGUCGAUAUGAAGGCUAUAAAGAAUUGGGGAAGGCAGGUUCUCCAAGGUUUGGACUAUCUCCAUAGUCAGAACCCGCCUAUAAUUCACAGGGACUUGAAAUGCGACAAUAUUUUUGUCAAUGGAAAUCAUGGGGAAAUCAAGAUUGGCGACCUUGGAUUGGCGACGAUUAUGGAGCAGCGUACUGCCAAGAGUGUUAUUGGAACCCCCGAAUUUAUGGCCCCAGAGCUCUACGAAGAAGAGUACAAUGAACUAGUGGAUAUAUAUUCCUUCGGAAUGUGUAUGUUGGAAAUGGUAACUUUUGAGUACCCUUACAGCGAGUGCAAGAAUCCGGCUCAAAUCUAUAAGAAAGUUAGCUCCGGCAUUAAACCUGCUUCCCUCGGCAAGGUUACUGAUUCUGAAGUCAAAGGAUUCAUUGAAAAAUGUUUGGUUGUAGCAUCCGAGAGGUUGUCAGCCAAGGAACUCCUGAAAGAUCCGUUUCUUCAAUGUGAAAGCUUGAAGGAGUCGCUCCAUAAUCCAUUUCAGUUACCUAAGCAAUGUCCUAAAUCUUUGAGUUUGUCGAAGCCUUUACCACAUUCCAUGGAUGUGGAUUCAGAGUAUAACCAAUCUAUAUGUACAGACUCUACUUGUGGAAGUCCUCGCGUUCCAGUUUUGGAAUUCCAGAGAUGUCAUCAGAAUAAUGAAUUUAAACUAAUGGGGAAGAAGAAUGACGAUAACUCAAUUUCAUUGACCUUUCGAAUCAGAGAUCCUGCUGGUAGUGUAAGAAACAUACACUUCAUUUUCUAUCUUGAUACAGACACUGCACCUUUAGUUGCAGCGGAGAUGGUUGAACAAUUGCAGCUAGCUGAUCAUGAUGUAGCUUUUAUUGCUGAGUUUAUUGAUUACCUAAUAAUGAAGAUAUUUCCAGCUUGGAAUCCUUCCUCUGGAGACCAUUCUACCGGAGGGAGAAGUCCAAGCAAACAACCUCGAGAAAGUUGCCUAACAGACUUGACCGGUUGCUCGAACAAGUCCAUAGGUUACCAAGAUGUUAUUUCCGACUUCAAUGUGGAAAGUCAUGUACUUUCUCGAACUGAUGAAGGUGAUAUGUAUGUGAAUUCAGAUGGAACUUUUCAUCAUGUUACAUUUGAUUCGCCAAUGCAUUUGGCGCCCGUGGAAUAUGAGAACUCUCAAGAAUCAGUUGUUUUUAAGGUUAUGGCUGAAGGGAAUUCAUUUGGAUGCUCUAACGAUCAUGUUAAUGAUGGAGCUUCUAAAAGUUGUAGUACAAGCAUCUCGGAGAUGGAUUUCAAAUAUUUGUUCCACGACGAUGAAUGCACAAUGCAGGAAAAUAUUGGUGAUGGUGCAGAAUGCAUACCAUCAAAUGAAUAUGGCAAGGAUCCAGAUCUGACUUAUAUAGAUAUCGACAGAAUUUCUGGAGGCAUGAGUUUGUCCAGUGGUUCAUUUUCCUCGUCAAUUGAGAAAGAUGAGGAUACAAAGCUAAAAUUGGAGCUCAAGGCAAUUGAAUUGCAGUAUCAGGAAUGGUUUCAAGAACUCUCAAGAAUGAAAGAAGAGGAACUAGAAACUUGCAGGAAGAGAUGGACGACUAAGAAAAAGUUGACAAGUAACUGAAUGAGAGUGGCUGACAACCACUUUCUUCAAAUAUCCUAGUUUUUCUCAUAGAUAACGAUUAGCUUUUCUUCUUUUACUACGCGUAACCAGGAGGUCACGAGUUCGAGCUGUGAAAAUAGUCUCUAGCAGAAAUGCAGGGUAAGGCUGUACAAUAGGCUUUUGUGGUCCGGUCCUUCCCAGAUAUCAUGCGCAUAGCGGGAGCUUAGUACACCAGGCUACCUUUUUACGACGCGUAAAUUUAUAACUUGGAUCGGUGGAGGAUCUUGGUCACGUUUUAGACAUACUGGAAAUCACUUUAUACGCGGAUAUUUGAGUAUGUGAAGAUCAUAUUAAGCCUAUAUAACUUUAGAUAGUUGUAUAGUUUUGUUUGUUUCCACCUUGACUCUGUUUUCACUUUUUCUUUUCUUUUUCUAAGUUGGCCAUAGCUUCCCCUGUACUUUGCAAGAACGCAAAUGUCAUGGCAAUUUAACUUGUAAAUAUAUAUGAUUGAGUGCAUCCUUAAUUUCUAAUCUGCAGUCUGUUGCUGGUUGUAAAAGAAGUAAGCGUGGUUAGGCUUACCUGUAUGUAGUUAAUGGUUGUAUAUGGUUUUGGCUAGGGGUGUCAAUGGUUCGGUUCGGUCGCUUAUUUUAUA